AUGGAGCUGUACAAAGUGGCCGGUGCUGUCACUGUCGCUUGCUCAGAGCCGAUUAGGUACCAGGUACCAUCAGUGUCACACGCCCAGGGUUGUGUCAGGUGCUGUGACCAUCGGACACCUAGGUUGUACAAGGUAUCAGGCAGCCUGGCCGAGGUGGCUGUAUGGAGAGUGGCCCUGCCAGGCCAGCCAGGACCCUGCAAACCGCUGGAAACACCUGGAGGGAGAGGAGCGGCUGCGAUGGAGUUUCCUGCCGUGGCACUGUCACUUAUCGUGGCGCUGCGAAUGUCUCCACUGGCGGCUGGGAGCAAACUGCAGCCCCACAUGGUUGUGUAUUACACGGGCUACAGGCAGGUGUACCAGGUGAGGUCCCAGACCACGUACAGGUGCUGCCCAGGAUGGUCCCAGCUCGCAGGGGAUGCUGGCUGCCUGCACAAUGUUGACGAGUGCCAGGUGCACAAUGGGGGCUGCCAGCACCGAUGUGUGAACACCCUGGGCUCCUACUACUGUGAGUGCCAGCCUGGAUUCCGCCUGCACACGGAUGGCAGGACCUGCCUCGCUCUGAACUCGUGUGCCCUGAACAACGGUGGCUGUGAGCACGACUGUGUGCAGGUGACCCUGGCCCAGCACCGCUGCCAGUGCAGGCACAACCACCAGCUGCACCAGGAUGGCAAACGCUGCAUCCUGAGGAACCCGUGUGCUGACAGGAACGGGGGCUGCAUGCACCUCUGCCACAGCCACCGCGGCCGCGCCCGCUGCGACUGCCACCCCGGCUACCAGCUGGCCCCUGAUGGCAAGGCCUGCCAAGAUGUGAACGAGUGCCUGACAGGGCUGGCCAUGUGUGCACACCAGUGUCUCAACACCCGGGGCUCCUUCAAGUGCACCUGCAACCCGGGCUACGAGCUGGGGGCGGAUGGCAAGCGAUGCUACCGGAUAGAGAUGGAGAUUGUGAACAGCUGUGAAGCCAACAACGGGGGCUGUUCCCACAUGUGCCACCACACCAGCUCUGGCCCUGUCUGCACCUGUAACUUUGGCUUUCGGCUGGAAGAGGACCAGAAGUCGUGCACUGAUAUCAAUGAGUGUGACACCGGUUCUCACUGCUGUCAGCAGGACUGUUACAAUUACCCUGGGGGCUACGAGUGCUCCUGCCACGCCGGGUACAGGCUCAGCACGGAUGGCUGUGGCUGUGAUGAUGUGGAUGAGUGCUCUGCAAACAAUGGUGGGUGUGAGCACACGUGCCAGAACCAGCCAGGGUCGUUCCAGUGUGGCUGUAACAUUGGGCACAAGCUGGAUGAAGACAGAAGGAGCUGCAUCUCCACAGAGGACACGGUGGAGGCCCUGGAUGGCCGGCGCCCCGUCAUCCGCCCCAUCCCUCACGUGGCCAUCCUGCGAGAUGAAUUCACACAGCUCUUCAAGGACGACUACGAGGAGGAGGAGGAGAUGGAAGCACGAGGGGAGCACACGCUGUCAGAGAAAUUCGUGUGCCUGGAGCACACCUUUGGCCCCGACUGCAGCCUGACCUGUGACGACUGCGAGAACGGAGCCACCUGCACGGCCGAGGGCAGCGGCUGCCACUGCCCGCCCGGCUGGACCGGCGUGCUCUGCAACCAGACUUGCCCGGCUGGAACCUUCGGCAGCAACUGCAGCCAGAGCUGCCGGUGCCAGAACGGUGGCACCUGUGACCCGGCCAGUGGCUCCUGCCGCUGCCCGCCCGGCGUGGCCGGAGAGCUCUGCCAGGACGGAUGCCCCAAGGGAUUUUUCGGGAAGCACUGCAGGAAAAAGUGCAACUGUGCCAACCGAGGUCACUGCCAUCGGAUUUACGGAGCGUGUCUGUGCGAUCCCGGCUUGUACGGCCGCUUCUGCCACUUGGCGUGUCCCAAGUGGGUGUUCGGGCCCGGCUGCUCCCAGGAGUGUCAGUGCCUGCAGCACAAUUCACGGGACUGCGACCCCAGGGACGGCUCCUGCCACUGCAAACCUGGCUACCAUGGCCAGCGCUGUGAGAUCAGCUGUGACCCUGGGUAUUACGGGGAUGGCUGCAAGAAGAAGUGCAGCUGCUCUCCAGGAGUGACCUGUGACCCUGUCACCGGCGAGUGUCACCAGGAGUGUCCCCCAGGCUAUCACGGCCAGCACUGUGACCAAGAGUGCCCUGAGGGGACAUUUGGGCCAGGCUGUCAGCAUCCCUGUGCCUGUGGAGAAGCAUCCUGCGACAGGAGCACGGGGCAGUGCCACUGCCCACCUGGCAGGACAGGACACGACUGUGCCCAAGCUUGCCCUGAGGGUCUCUGGGGACCGGGCUGCCAGGAGAUCUGCCCUGACUGUGCCAACAAUGCCAGCUGUGACCCUGCCACCGGAGCCUGUCUGUGCCCACCUGGCUACACUGGCCAGCGCUGCCAGGAUGUGUGUCCACCCGGCUGGUUCGGCCCUGAGUGCCAGCUGAGCUGCAGCUGUGGGAACGAGGGACAUUGCCAUCCGGUGACGGGGACGUGCAGCUGCCCGCCCGGCAGGACAGGGUACCACUGCCAGCGAGGUACAGCACCUGUGCCCUGCCACCCUCACCCCUGGGCCACUCUGACCUGUGCCGAGCUAUGCUGCCAUUGCUCUGUUCUCAUCUUCAUGCCGUGCCAGGGAAACCUCUCUGAAAUCUUUUUGGUUUUUUUGCUCUGUCUGGUGCUGGCAGCGCCACUGGCCUGUCUGCAGCCUUGUUUGUCCCUGUGCCCAAGGGAGCUGUGCCCGCUGGUGAAGGCAGUGCUGUGCCCAUGCUGUGCUCUCAGGUACACACCAGUGAUGGGCUCCUGCCGUGUUUUUCCAGCCUGUGACCUGGGGCGCUGGGGCCCCGACUGUGCCCACACCUGCAACUGCAGCAACAGCGACGGCAGCUGCAGCGCCGAGACCGGGCAGUGCCAGUGUGAGGCCGGGUACACGGGCACCCACUGCGAGCAGAAGUGCCCAGAAGGGUGGUUUGGGCUGAGCUGUCGGCACCAGUGUCAGUGUGACAAUGGAGCCACCUGUGACCACGUCAGCGGGGCCUGUACCUGCAGCCCAGGCUGGCGAGGAACCUUCUGUGAGCACGCCUGCCCUGAUGGAUUUUAUGGACUGGAGUGUCGACAAGCCUGUGACUGCCUGAAUGGUGCCCAGUGUGACCCUGUGACAGGACAGUGCCAGUGUCCUCCCGGCUGGACUGGCCCCCGCUGUGCCCAGGUGUGCCAGGAGAACAGGUACGGCCAGAACUGCAGCCAGAGCUGCCACUGCUUCAACAACGCCACGUGCAGCCACAUCAGCGGCCUCUGCCUCUGCUCCGAGGGCUGGACAGGACCCUCCUGCCAGCAAGCCUGCCCAGCGGGUUUUUUUGGAAAGAACUGCCAGCAGCGCUGCCUGUGCCAGAACGGUGGCACCUGUGACCCGGCCACGGGGGCCUGUGCUUGCCCUGCAGGCUGGACAGGGCUGGCCUGCGAGCUGGCCUGUGCCCAGGGGCAGCAUGGCCUGGACUGCCAGCAGCGCUGUGAGUGCCAGCACGGGGGGCUCUGUGACCACCGGACAGGACACUGCCUCUGCCAGCCCGGCUGGACUGGUGACAAGUGCCACAGACCUUGUCCAGAGGGGCUGUUUGGGGCACGCUGUGAGGAGCUCUGUGACUGUGGGGACAACGUCUCGUGCCACCACGUCACUGGUGUUUGUGACUGUCCCCAUGGCUGGAGGGGCCGGCGCUGUGAGAAAGCCUGCCUGCCAGGUUUCUUUGGGAAGAACUGUGCCAGUGGCUGUGCCUGUCCCCUGGGAGUGCCCUGUCACCAUGUCACCGGCCAGUGCGGCUGCCCGCCAGGACUGACCGGCUCUGGAUGUGAAAAACCCUGCCUGCCAGGGACCUUCGGGGAGGGCUGUGCUCAGAUCUGCCAGUGCUCCGGAGCCACCCAGGAAUGUCACCCUGUCACCGGGGCGUGUGUCUGCCCCCCCGGCUUCCACGGUCCCUCCUGCCAGCUGGAGUGCUCCCCGGGGUGGUACGGCCGUGACUGCGAGAGGCAGUGCCAGUGCAGGAACGGGGGCAGCUGUGACACUGCCACGGGCAUGUGCCACUGCCCCGCGGGCUUCAUCGGCGCUGACUGCGGCAUCGGAUGCCCCGCUGGCCGCUACGGCCAGGACUGUGCAUUGCUGUGCCCCUGUGGGGCCGGUGUUCCCUGCCACCCUGUCACCGGAGACUGCGUGUGCCCUCCAGGCAGAGCUGGCCCCACGUGUGAGCAAGGUUGUGAGAAGCAUCGCUACGGGCUGGGCUGCCAGCAGCCCUGCUCCUGCCUCAACGGGGGGCUCUGUGACACAGCCGAUGGCUCCUGCUCGUGUGCGCCAGGGUGGACGGGGAAAUCCUGCGAAUUAGGUAACCCUGGCCCGGAUUUGUCCCGCGGAUUGUGCCGCACCCACCCAGUGACUGUGGAGCUCACACAAUGGGUCCAGUUUCUGUUAUCCCACCCGUGCCAGCCUUGCCCUUAGCUGAGCCCUCUGAAGGGUAGGUGUGGGGCUGCUGAGCAGC